GUACAACAUGUUGAGUAUAUGACCGCAUUUGAGGAGAAGAUCAAAUGUCUUGAGAAGGAAUUGCAAGAAGCGAAAGCGAAAAUCGAGCAAGAUAGACAGGAAAAGAAGAAACUCAAGUUAGCGCUGAAACAAAUGCGAGACAAAGAGAAGGCUAAGGCCGAGUCGGUGCAAGUUUUGCCAACUCUGACCGAGGUCCAGGAGACGGCGGUCACUCAGGAAUCGAUGCAAAGCGCAGCUGCCCAGCCGCAAACCGGCGAAGAGAUGGAGAAACUGAGAAGUAGCGUGAAGGAAUUGGAGCUUGAGAAUCGCCUUUCUCGCGAGCUAAACUCUGAAUACAACCAUACAAUGCUUGAAAUGGAAAAGGAAGUGAUCGCUUUGAAAGCACAAGUCACCUCUUUGCAAGGGGAAACGCAGCAUUUUGAAAUGGAAUUGAAAUUGCAUGAAAUGCUCGAAGAGGAACUUGAAAAAGAGUUGUCUGAAGCUCGUCAGAAGAAUCAGGAGCUGACCGAAGCAGUGCGAGCUCAUGAAGAUUCAGUGGAACAUCACGAUGAGCAAGUGAAUGAUGAAACGAAUGAGCAGAACCGACUAGAAGGUGAGUAG